AUGAGUAGUUUUGGGACUGGAAGUCGUCCUACUGGUGGUAUGUCAUUAAAAACUGGGAAUGCAGUUGGAACUGGAACCGCAUCACUGCCUAAUAUAAAAUGGAGAUACUACAUCUUCCCUGACUACGUUAUAUACCAAUUGUUUCGAAAGAGUUUGGACUCAUAUUUGCAUAAGGAACGCUCUUUAGUAGGUUUUGACAUUUAUAUUGUAGAGCAGUGGGUACAGGGGCGAAAACCUGCUAAUGUCGUGGCUUCAUAUACUGGGAAUGAAAAGGACAUAAUAUACGGUAUGGAGGUGAUGCUACCUGAUGACUUUAGUAUGUGGCCACACCAAUUGAACGAAUAUUAUUUGCAUGUUAGGAAGGUGUGUGUAUUGAAGGAUCUGGAUGAGAACACGUCUAUUUUUGUUACAGAAUUAUCGCAAUUUCCCUCAUCGCUGCGACUACUUCAUGUGGAAUGUGGGGACGUAAAAGAAGUCUGGUUUAAUUAUAAAGUCAAUUUCAACUUAAAGAGGUUAAAAUGCUCAGGAAGGUCCGUGCUAUUUUUGUCCGAGCCUCCGGCAGCUUCAUUUGGUAAAUUUCUCGAGCUUUAUAAGAUAGCAAUGGUGAAUACCGAGCAGGCAAAGAAAAGCGUGGUUGUGCUGGUCAUGUUUGCGCAAAUCACGCUCUCAUAUUUCAAUCUUCUAGGUCAGAAUUUCAAAGAUGGCAUAUUCUGCGAGUAUACUGUGCAGGCACUAGACAAUUGGUGGUUAAAAUACGGUACAAUAUACUUUGGGAUGAGUAGGCCCCUCAAUGAGGGACCUCUAGGGCCUACCACCGUUGUUUAUUUGAUCAGUCUAUUGCUGAGUUGUUAUUUUAAGCUGCUAGCACUUGACUUGAGUACAAUCAAGGAUCCUUUCGAUGAAGAGUCUUUCAUAGGGGCUUUGUAUCAGUUUCAGAAGAAAUAUGGGCUUGAAAAGACAGGAUAUCUAGAUGAAAAUACCAUUAAUAAACUGUUUCAAGUUGCGACUAAGUCUUCUAAUGCUGAUAUCUUUAAUUUUAAGAAAGUUGUGAAAUCCACUGUUAAAGACAUUACCGGAAGGCGAAACCCUAUGCAGAUGUCCGGGGUUCUAAACACAGAUAUUGAUAACUUGAUCCUAUAUUUAAAAGGAAGCGGUUCAAUAAAAGCAUUUUGGAGAGGAAAAUGUGAUCUUGAUGACUUUAUUUCACGGGUCGACCUAACAGAUACUUCAUAUGUUGAUAAUAAGUCGGCGAUUGGUAUAGCUGAAAACCGUAUGGAAACGAAUAUUGAUGCAGCCUCAAGCAAUGGAAGUUCAGAGCAUAGUAGGGAAAUCUCUUUCGAUAGAGAAGAAGCAACAAUUAAGAUAUCGAAUGAAGAGGAAGCUUCCUUACAGCCUAAAAGACGAUUAGAUGAGACAGCACUGUUCCAAAAUGAACUACAAAGACGGGCUUCGAUUCCCAUUAUAGAUUCUCCUGGUACAAUCCUUGAAGAGGCACUCAAUGAUGACAACAUGGAUCUGGCUUCUGUGCUUCAUCCGCGGAGCCUCAGUUUCUCCUUUGCAGAGGAUUUAUUAUUAUCGUGGCCUAUGCCAUUUGAACCAUCAGUUGUUCGUACAGCCCGUGAUAUACUCAAAGUACAGAAAAUCGCAACACAUAAAAAUGGUGAAGAUCCUGCAAGAUAUGAUAACCCUACAGUUGUAAACGAGUUCACUCAAACAAGUAAGGUAUUUGAUCAACUUUUUGCUGAUUUCAGCAGGAGGGAACAAACAAGGAAUGCUCUGGUUAAUAGGCACGAUCAAUUAAAAAGUGAGAUGGAUGAAUUAGAUACCCUUACAGCGAAAUUUAAGUACGAUAUUAAAGUUUUGCACACACGGUUAAGAGAAAUCGUAAAAAGUAUUUCUCAAUUUGGGUCCAAGCUGCAAAUGCUUGAGCAGCAUAUGAAAGACAACCCCUCAGAGAUGCUACUACAAAUGGACAUUUUUAAAAGCGUCAUAGAGCAAGAAGAUGAACCAAACGAUAAUCAAAGGACCGCUGACUACGGGAUACUUUUAAGCUUCAUUAUAGACAUUGUAGCUCCAGUGGUAAAGAAGGAUUGGACUAAGCUGCUGCAAUGGUUUUCGCAUUAA